CUCAAAAAAAUAGCGGCUGGGGAUUCAAACGGGUCGGACCGCCGCCAUUUCCAAGUUUUUCCUGCAAAUUCCACGUUUCGACUGUCUUAGUUGAAGCUUUCCCUAUAAAUCAGCGGCGUUUCAACUUCAAAAACGACCCGAACCCGUUUAUCUUCCUUCUUCUUUGAAUCGACUGAACUGACUUCCUACAGUAAGUAGUUUUUUUUUUAAUUUAAUGGAAACAAUGGGAGCCGUAAAGCUUCACGAAGAAGAAGAAGAAGUAGAUUCAGCAAUUGCAGCUCUCGGCUCUCUGUUCAAGCUUACUGAAGUUCAUCUUUCAGAUUAUUCGCAAGAAGGGAAGCUUUUGUUGGAAUCUGCGAACACUGACGUCUACAAAAAUAUUGCAUCCCCAUCAAAUGAGUUUGACUCUUUACCGGAAGAUUUGGAGCUUGCCAGACAAAUGAAUGAAAUGGGCCUUCCCGUUUCAUUCCACACUAACAAGGAGCAGAAAGGAAAUCGAACAGUUAAGGGAAAAAUAAAGGAUGGAAAGAAAAAGAAUCUUUCGACGUGCGAGAAUACUCAGGAUGAAGUGCUAAAUUCAAUACAAGAGCAGAAGGAAGCAUGUGAGUCUAAUGGUACACUGCAUGGCAACUCAAACAAGGCUUCUUCCUGCAUGUCACUUCUUGGCCAAAGUGAAUUCUCAUCCUUCUAUACUGGGGAUGGUGAUGUCCCUUGUCUUAAUGGUGGAGAGGAAGGUUUGAACAAUUUGAGUGUUGGCAGUGCACACACAUCCCUUGAAUACAUUGCUUGCAAUCAGCAAUCGGAUCUUAGUCUGGAUAAUACAAAGGAUACUGUCUCCACAUGUGAAGAAGUUCAAUUGGAAAAAGAUAUUGGAGCAAUGGCUGGCUCAUGUUUGGAAUGUGGAAACCAUGCAGAAAUCUGUCAAAUAAAUUGCAAUGUUGACAGUGGAUGGAUCAGUGGAGAGGCAUUAAAUAGACAUUAUGAGGGAAAUUCCUUGAAUGGAGAGCAGAUGGAGUAUGACUGUAUGGAAUCUCCUUUAUCUGGAGAGCAAGUAGAGUCUAUUGCUAUCCAAACGGCUGAACAUCACACAGAAGAUGGGCUAUUCUGCAAUGACGUUGGUGAAGAGUUAAAUAGUUGUAAUACAACUAAUAAUAAUUGUGAAGGAACUUUUAAUGAUUGGAGGUUGUAUUGGGACAAUGAUUACCAAAGGAACUACUUUUAUAACAUUGUGACUAUGCAAUGUACUUGGGAUCCACCUCCAGGAAUGAACGACCUAGUAUUUACUAAUUUUACCACCAAACAACCAGAAGCGACACUUGAGAUAGUGGAGUUGGAUGAUGCAAAUUUAAAAGAAUCUAAUGAUCUGCAAACUUCUGCAAGUCUACCGUCUGAUCUUGACAUUGCAGACGGAUUUAUAGAAGAUGAUGUAUUGUUGGACAGACAGCUCAAUGAACCAGAGGGAACAGGACAAUUUGCUGACUAUUUGUGUACUCUUAGCUCUACAAAACAGAAAAAGAGAGUCAGAAAAAAGAAAUUCAAAUGGAAGUUGCCAACCGAAGCUCAAGAGCCGGAAUUAUGCAAUAUUAAUGAAGAAAUAUCUCCCAGUUUGAGCAAAUAUUGGUGUCAAAGGUAUCUAUUAUUUAACAAAUAUGAUGAUGGAAUAAAGAUGGACGGAGAAGGAUGGUUCUCAGUUACUCCAGAGGCUAUAGCCAAGCAUCAUGCACUUCGCUGUGGUUCUGGUAUUAUAGUGGAUUUCUUUACUGGAGUCGGUGGGAACUCAAUUCAAUUUGCUAAGAGGAGUAAGCAUGUCAUUGCAAUCGAUAUUGAUCCAAAGAGAAUAGACUUAGCUCAAUAUAAUGCUGCCAUUUAUGGAGUUCGUGACCAGAUAGACUUCAUUAGAGGCGAUUCUUUUGUUUUGGCUCCAAAUUUGAAGGCAGAUGUAGUCUUUAUGUCACCACCUUGGGGGGGACCAGACUAUUUGAAAGAAAGAACAUUUGACAUGAAAACUAUGCUUAGGCCGCAUGAUGGGAACUUCCUCUUCAGCAUUGGCAGGGGAAUUGCCUCCAAAGUUGUUAUGUUCCUCCCAAGAAAUGUUGAUAUCAAUGAAUUGGCAGAAUUGUCACUGUCCGUGAAUCCACCAUGGUCAUUAGAGGUGGAGAAGAAUUACUUAAAUGGAAAAUUGAAAGCCAUUACAGCAUACUUCUGUAAACCCUCCUGAUUAGCUGUGGUCACAUGAAUCUGGUAAUCUCUUUUGCCAAGUGGAAUUAUGGAUACCUUUCUCCGGAGCACAUGGGGUUCGUCUUUGCUGUGGCCUUACUCUAUACUGAUGUAUGUAACCAAAAAGCUAAUAUAUACUUUAUAUGAAGUGGAAUUGGCAGUGAUUGUUGUUAGAUACAGGCGUGUCCAUUGACGUUGGUAUUAGCAGGAAGGUUUAGUAGAACUCUACUAGUUGCUAUCAGGGAUAUGGAAUUCCAGCAAGUGAAUUUUUUAGUUGUCAAUCGCGGAAAGGUGCACGAGUCUUAUCUGUCUAGUUCUGCAGUGUACAUGUAAGGAUCCCUUAUGUAGAGGGUUACAAUGUGUGGCAGUUCCACAGCAUCCAAGGUGGGCCUAUCUGUCCAUAAAGUUGGUGAAAACCAUUGGAGAGAAGGGUUGAUACCAAUAGAGCAAAAAAUGCUAGGUGAUUUCUUCUUAUCCUCCCAAGGUUUGAUGAGCCGAGUUACUAGAUACUUGUAUGAUGGGAGAUAGCAGAUACAAAGUGCAACAAUCUAAGACACAAGCUGGCCCGAACACCAACCAUAAUGCAGCUGGCCGCUGUUGCUUCUGCUGCGAAUUGGGAUAAGUAUGUUGAAAAUUGAUUUGACAGAUUAGACUUUGAAGGUGGAGAAAUGAUUCUACUGUGUGUUUUGAUGAUGGUGGUGAGAUGCCAUUUGGAUUUGACUAUGUAGAAAUUGUUAUACAGCAACUUACAUCUUGUAAUUUUACUACUCUAUGUUAUCGACUUAUCUUAAUAUUGAAAACUAAUAUUUUGUAAUAUUGUGCACAAUUUUGUAAUGUUCAAAUGUUUCUUUCUUUUCUA